AUGUCGCCUGCAGUCCCUACCCACACACCACGCAUCGACACGACCACACCCGCUAUCAACGAGGCACCGGUCGAGUUGGACGCCAGCACCCCCGUGUCACCAGAGCAGGCGAUGAAGAGAAGAGAUAUGCUAGGCCAUGGGGAGCAAAGCCGCGCCUAUAUAACAGGCUCCAUCACGUCCCCAGACGACGCACAAGGUGUCGACGCCGAGUUUCUUGGCCGAGGCGAGAACAUGAGUAGGGAGGCUAGAGAGAAGCGUGCGGCCAUGCUGGCAGAGCGAUUGAAAGAUCCAAGUGUCAUCGUUGAAGUACCCAAGGGACCGACCGCCGACGAGGUUGAGGCUGUGAGAAAAGUGGAUCAGGGGGCAGAGGUUGGAGUUUAG